CCCUGUGUUUGGUUUACCAACAUUUCUAUUUGCUAAAUACUAAUUGAAAGAAAUUUUUUUUCUAAAGUUUUAUUGGCUCUAGCCUUUGUUUGACAGUAAAUUGGGUAAUUGGAGAAGGGGGAAGACAUGCAACAAAGGUCGCCAGGCCGGGAAUCGAACCUGCGACAGCCGCAUCGAGGACUAAGGCCUCCAUAUGUAGGUGCUUAACCCCUUCACCACCUCGGCACCCUUGAAAGAAUUUCUUAAGAGAAUUUUUUUCUUCAUAUUCAGAACUCAACAUUAAUUUUCUUUAGUUCCUUGCACAUUUUUACUAAAUACUUAUCUCCUCGUUGCUUCCUGAACUAUGCAUCACUGAAUAUAUGCACUUUAGAGCAGUUGGAUGAAUGUGAGUCUAAUGUAAAAACAUCAGAAAUGAUCUUGAAGAAUGGCUGCGCCCCAUCAAUCUAGGAGAAUUGAUUAUCCUUGGAGUGAACAGCCUAGUACCAUCACCAGAAGGUCAGACUGACCAAAUAUGUAGGGAAAGACUACAAAGAGAAAUUCGAGGAUGAUUUAGGUUGUAUUUUGAUGAAUCAAAAUACUUUUUGAGCAAUUUGAUUUAAAUAAAACUAAAUUUGAGAUGCGUCAAGCCACAACGACUUCUUUGGAGAAAGCUAAACAACAUAAAUCAUACACACACACAAAAAUAAAAAUCAUACCAACUGUCAGACAUGGUGGUGGAGGGGUGAUGAUGUGGGAUUGCAGCCAUAAAAACUAUUCAGCUCACAGUAAUUGAGCCUUCCUCCAUAUAUCACAGUAUUCUAGUCAAAAGUGAGACUUCAGUCUGAUUGAAAUCCUGUGAAAAAGUAGGAGGUAAAAUUCAGCCACGGUGAUGGAAGAUUAAUGAAGUCAAUUAGAAAACUAUUAGAAAUUAAUGCUGUUGAAUUUGUCCCUGCUGAAUCAUGGGGAACGAUGAGUUUUUCCAGUGACUGUAUUGACUUGUCACAGCAAGGUGAAAUGUCACAGGUCAAAGAUGUUGUUUAUUUGUACAAUUAAGAAAAAUGCUGUGUUCCUUUUAAGCUGAUUUUUCUUUUUAAGUUUUUGUUCUAUUUUUAAAUUCAACUUUUUCUUUGCAGGAUAUAUAAACUUUUGAUUUCUGCCUAAAAUAAAUCACGAAACCUACGAACGCCACAAAAGACGUUAAUCGUUCCUUCAGUUUAUGUAGACGCUUUCUGGCUGAAAAUAUCAGACAUCAUGAUGUUGUUGAAUGUAAAUAGUUUAACAGAUUCAACAGAUGGAUCUUUGGCUGCUGGAGGUUCAGGUGUGUGUAGCUCCCCCCAGACUGAGAGACAAGAGCAAACAGGUCCAUCACACUGCCAACCUUUACUCCUGGGACAAGGGCCGAUCUUGGAACAGUUAGUGAAAUGUAACAUUGCAUGUAACUAACAAGUCAGCACAUGCACCUGACAAUUAACUUGUAGCCUGUGGCAGUUUGCGCAGAAUAAUGAAGCAUAUUUACAGGAGACAAAGGAUGGGAGACCGGGAGAUGAAAUGAAGACAUAUAUCGUUUCUUAGAAAUGAUCGAACUCUGAAGUGUGCAUCUAUGUUAAUUCUCCUCAAAGUUCAGCAUUUAGUUCAUAUUCAUCAAAAGGAUAGCAAUGUACUGGAACAUCUCUUAAAGAUGUGACUUAGCAGCUAUUCUUUGAUUUUGAGUGGUUGGAUGUCAAAAAAAUGACAGAGGCUCUACUUUUUGAGUCCCAACAUCUAAAGAUAAAUGACUCUUCAGUUAUCUGCUGUCUCUGUGCUUUGGUUGCACUCGGUUAAGUCUGUCAGGCUACCUUUGCAGCUCUUCUCCCCAGAGGACGGAUGAGACACCUGUCACGAGACGCUGCUCACUUCUCUGUCUGUUGUAGAGGGAGAGAGAGAAAGCUUUUCCGACUGUUGAGCAUUGACGACGCAUAAAAAUGAGAGGCUUCUUGCUCGGAUUGUUUAGCUUUUUCUGCGUGUACGGCUCUCUUUGGGCUGAAUCCACUUGCAAGCUAAAGGCCAAGUUCAACCUGAGCGGCUACAAGAAUGUAGAGAAGAAAAAGGUCGUCAUUGGGGGAAUGUUUCCUGUUCACAUGAGUGUUGCUUCCAGCAACGGCAACACUUCGAACCUGCCUGUCUCCUCUGGUUGUGCUGGAUUUAAUUUCCGUACCUUCCGCUGGACACAGACGAUGCUGUUCGCCAUCAAUGAAAUCAACCAGAGGGAAGACCUGCUCCCCAACACCGACCUGGGUUACGUUAUCUACGAUUCAUGCUUCACCAUCUCCAAGGCCGUGGAGGGAACCCUGACAUACUUGACGGGACAAGAUGAAGCAGUACCUAACUAUCGCUGUGGCAACGGGCCACCUCUUGCCUCUCUAGUGGGUGCUGGGGGUUCUGAUCUGUCCAUUGCUACAGCCAGGAUACUGGGACUUUAUCAUUUUCCACAGGUCAGCUACUGCUCAACAUGUUCUGCACUGAAUAAUAAGUUCCAGUUCCCCACCUUCCUAAGGACCAUCCCUAACGAUCUGCACCAGUCUACAGCUAUGGCCCAACUGGUGCUGCACUUUGGCUGGACCUGGGUAGGGACCAUCGCUGCUGCUGAUGAUUAUGGUAAAUACGGCAUCAAGGACUUCAAGGAGCAGGUGGAGGAAGCUGGAGUCUGCAUUUCCUUCUCUGAAACUCUGCCUAAGGUGAGCUCACCAGAGGCCAUCCAGAGCAUUGUUCAAACUGUAGUUGAGUCCACUGCCAAGAUCAUCGUGGUCUUUUCAUCAGAUGUAGACCUUAGUCCUCUCAUCGGCGAACUUCUCCGCCACAAUGUGACGAACCGCACCUGGAUUGCCAGCGAGGCCUGGGUCACCUCUGCCCUCAUCAAUCAGCCUGGGGUGAACUCACUCCUGUCUGGUACCCUUGGUUUUGGGGUGAAAAGGGCUGACAUCCCUGGUCUUCAGCGCCACCUACUGGAUCUGGAUCCCUAUGCAGAUACCCUCACUGAGGAAUUCUGGGAGACUCUGUUCAACUGCACACUAGACUUUGGCAAAGCGCUGAGAAUCGCCAAAGAGGCGAACGGCACACUGUCCAGAGCAGUGAGGGGGUUACCAUAUGGUCUGUGUACUGGCAGUGAGUCUGUGGCUCAGCUCAACAACACCUACUCUGAUGUCUCUCAGCUACGAAUCACUUACAGUGUUUACAAAGCAGUGUAUGCUGUGGCCCAUGCCUUGCACAACCUGGAGCACUGUGAAGACGGAAAAGGCCCCUUUGUUGGAGGCAGCUGUGCCAACAUCACUAAUUUUGAGCCUUGGCAGCUGAUGUAUUAUGUGAAGAACGUGCGCUACAAAAUGCCAAACACUGGGGAGGAGAUCUUCUUUGAAGACGGUGAUAUAAAGGCCUUCUAUGACAUCAUUAAUUGGCAAGUUAGUGAUAAUGGAGAGAUAUCUUAUGUCACCGUGGGACACUACAAUGGAUCUGCAGCUGCAGAGGAGAAGAUGCACAUAAGAAAUGAAUCUAUUGUUUGGAACAAUGAAGAACUGGAGGUCAGACAUUUUAUUAGAACAGCAAUGUUUGUGUCAUGUGAUGGUAUGUAUAGUUAUCUCCUGUUUAUUUCUAAGCCUCCUCGGUCGGUGUGCAGCGAGAACUGUGAGCCCGGCACCAGGAAGGGGAUCCGGCAGGGGGAGCCGGUCUGUUGUUUUGACUGCAUCCCCUGUGCUGACGGAGAAAUCAGUAACACCACAAAUGCCCGUGAAUGCAUCCUGUGUACUGGAGAUGACUGGUCUAAUAAUGCUCAUGAUGCUUGUGUGCCUAAAAUCAUUGAGUUCCUGGCCUUUGGAGAACCGCUGGGAAUCACCCUGAUAGUCAUCUCUGCCUUUGGUGCUUUAGUAACCAUAGCUGUUGGGGUGGUGCUUAUUAUGAACAUUGGAACGCCUCUGGUGAAAGCCAAUGAUGCCCUGUUGAGUUUCUUGCUGCUCUUGUCACUUGUUGUAACCUUCCUCUGCUCUAUCGUCUUCCUUGGUGAGCCACAAAACUGGAGCUGCAUGACUAGCCAAGUAGGAUUAGCUCUUGGCUUUGCUCUGUGCCUUUCCUGCAUAAUGGGUAAGGCAGCUGUGCUGAUGCUCAGAGCUCGGGCUCUAAAAAAGGCCAGAGCCAAAGCCAAGGCAGCUGCCAAAGCUGCCAAGGCUGCAGCCGAAGCAGCAGCUAACAGCGGCAGUCCGGAUGUGAUAGUAUCCAGCUCAAACAUCAAUGAUGCUGCUGCUUUGGAUAAGCCUGAAGUUGACAUUCUUACCUUCGGGCAGCAGAGGGCAAUGGCUGCCGUAGCAACAUUGAUACAGGCUGUAGCGUGCACUGUGUGGCUCAUCAUCCUCCCUCCUCACCCGGUUAAGAACACCUCUGCCCAGAAUGUAAAGAUUAUUCUCGAGUGUGAUGAAGGUUCUGUGGUCUUCAUCUGUUGCAUCUUUGCAUAUGACAUCCUGCUGGCUCUGCUGGCUUUCAUCUUUGCCUUCACAGCCCGCAAACUGGAAGACCACUUCAGUGAAGCCAAGUCUAUGACCUUUGGCAUGCUGGUCUUCUUCAUUGUCUGGAUCUCCUUUGUCCCGGCUUACCUCAGCACACGAGGAAAGUUCAUGGUUGCUGUCCAGAUUUUUGCCAUUCUCGCCUCCAGCUUUGGCCUGCUCACCUGCAUCUUCCUCCCCAAAUGCUACAUCCUUCUCGUCAAACCUGAGCGCAACAAAGAGGAGCUGAUGAAGCCCAGGCCCAAACCCAAAGAUGGCUCCUCCACUGGGACAUCAGCAUCUCUUGCUACAGCUGCUACUGAUGUCAAUGCCUCAUUUGCAUCCACUGCUAUUGAUGAUCACCCUGAAAACUAAGAUAAUCCAGAAAAAAAAAAAGAAAACAUCGCAUCAAAUUGGUCUUCCUAUUCUGUUUGUGUAGGUUUUUAAGCCAAAAAUCAAUGUAUAUUUAUCUAUUUUAAAAAGAAAAUUGCUGUGGUAUUUGCCUAUGCAAAGACAUGCUACAUGUUAACAUGUAGCUUAUUUAAAAUUGAAGCUAUGUUUUCAUUGCCUUUCUAUUGUCAAAGUAUGUUUAUUUUAAUUGAAGUUAUGUUUACAUCCCAUUUAUCUUUAAAUUAUGUUUCAGUACAAAAUUUAAAACUAUAUGUUUUAGUUUAAUUUUAAGAUCUGAGAAAAUAUUUUCUGUAAAAUGUUUGACUUUACAUUAAUUCAGUAAACUUUGCUAGGUUUAGCAUUGCUAUCAGCACAAGAUAGUUACUUACAAUGCAAUAAAUAGUAUUCAUAAUAAUUGUAAUAUGUGUAUUUCAUGUAAAGGAAUAAAUAUGUUUUCCCUUAUUCUUUAAAUCUGAAACCAAAACUUAGUAGAACUAUGUUAAAAUAAUUUUAGACACAGUAGGCUAUUUUGUUUUGAGCAGAUUAAUUAUUUUUAGCUUAAGACUGUUACGUUCUCAAAAAAGAAGAAGCUGUCUAAUGUUUAUAAUUGGGUAAAAAGCAGUUAGGGAACCAUUACUUGUCAAAACAAAAGUAUGUCUAAAAGUAGAGAUGUUCUAUGACUUUAGAGGCUUGCAGGAUUAGUAAUCUUAAGAUUCAAUUUAAGAAACGUCAACAAAUUUCUCUGCAAUAUCUUCCAUGAGGAGCUGCUUUGUGGCGCUGUUGUUAGCCUCGUAGCAAGACAGACAUUAGAAAUUUCUGUGUUCAUCUUACAUCUAUUCUUCCUUUGCAAAUGUAUGAUCUCUCUGGGUUUUCUGGCUUUUUGUCAUCAUCCAAAAACAUGCAUGUUAAUUCACAAGGUGAUUGGUGGCAACAUACUGUAUGUCCCUGCAAACACACUUUCCACAAUCUUCCAUUGAAAAGAUCUUUGAAUCAUUCUUACUCCUACCUCUUCCCUGACGUCAUUUUGCUAUGCCGGACUGUACCAUGGGCUGAAGGCCCGAACAACUCAACCCUCAGGGUCAGAAAGGCUGCUCAAAGCCCUCCAUUAUGUUAGAGAGGGGAUGGUUUACAGCUGUAUUAUUCCCUUCAGGUUAGGGGUCACUCUUUUCCUUAAGCAGAGAAGUUUGAGUAUGCUGCUGUCCUGUUCACAAGUAAUAGUAGAACAGAGUAGAAGAUGGAUGUUAGUUUAUUUGGCUUUUGAUGGUUACAUUUACAGAUUUACCUGCGGAAAAUUGAUGGAACGGGAGCUUUUAAUUCAGAAGUCUUACCAUUUUGUCUGAAACUUGUGUUUGUAUUGUACCAGCAACAUACUUCUGUUACAUGACAGUUUACUGCUCUAAUGUAAUGGGUUUUAAACGUUUUCUUCUCUGAAAAAAACACCAACAAUAAAUCUCAGGCUCUG